UCUCUCCGCUUUCCGACCAGCGCCUUGGCAACGGUAGGAUCCCGAGCCAGCCUUUCCUGUCAGGCGGCGCCCGGCGCGGCCAGGCAGGCUCCUCGCCCCGUCUGUCCUGAGCUUGGAAAGUGCGCGAAACCCGGCUCGCUCGCUCGCUCGCUCGCUCGGAGGGAGUCCCCGGCUGCACCUGCGGGGGGAGGGCGCGGAGCCGCAGCAGAAGCUCCCUCCCCCGCCUGGAUCGCCAGCGCCGAGUCAGCCGAAGGCAACCUCGCCCUCCCACCCAGCCAGCCAGCCCCCCGCGCCCACCCACUUGGAGGCUAUCGCGGCGCCCGGGGCUCCUUUACGCAUCUCUCGGAGCUGGAGAGCGGGCAAUUCUGGCGUUCAUGUCACCCCGGGGCCUGGGAAGGAGACCAGCUCAAAGGGUCUUGUGCUGGAAGGGAAUCUAAGAUGAAUUUAUGGGAUAUGAUGACUGUCUGCGUGGUGCUACUCAACUCGAUCUCGACCUUUCCGCUUCCCGCUGGUAAGAGACCUCCUGAAAAGGCCCGCUCAAUGCUAGGAAGAGCUGAAGAAGACCACAGUACCAGCAGGCUGCUGAAUCCCUACGCUGGCCAAAUGGAUUCUAAUAUGCCUGUGGAUUAUCCCAGCCAACUUGAGGAUGUGAUGGAUUUUAUUCAAACCACUUUAAAAAGACUGAAGAGGUCACCAGAUAAACCCCGUUUCUCCAAACGGGAAAGGAACCGGCAAAAUGCAGGAAGGAACAAUAAUUCCAACAAGAAAGGACGGAGAGCUCAAAGGCUCAAAUCUCGGGAUUGUGUCUUAAGUGAGAUUCACUUAAAUGUGACUGACUUGGGUUUGGGAUACACUACCAAAGAAGAAUUGAUUUUCCGUUAUUGUAGUGGUUCGUGCGAGACUGCUGUAACCCUGUAUGACCAAAUUUUAAACAAUUUAACCCAAAAUAAAAAGUUGGUCAGUGACAAAAUCAGGCCACAGCCUUGUUGCAGACCCAUUGCUUAUGAUGAUGACCUUUCGUUUUUGGACGAUGACCUAUCAACUUAUCACAUACUGAGGAAACAUUCCGCUAAAAAAUGUGGGUGCGUUUGAUGUCCUUUUGGGUUUGGACACGGCUAUGAUAUUGCAUUCCUGCUAAAAUGGGCGAAGAAGGGGACCAAGGCUCCUGAGGAAAGAAACGGUUGGCUUCAAAUGAAGGAAGAGGACCAAGCAUACAGGAGAAGAACAGCUGUGGGAGCCUGGUUGAUGGAAAUCCAGCACAGGAUAAUUGGUGAAGCGACAACAUGAUGGAGCUUUUGGUUUCUACAGGAAGGCAAAUAGACAUCAGUGCUCAGGGGCUCAGAUCCAGGAUGAAUGGAAAGUACUUUACACCAUUGGUUUUGAGGUGAUCCACCAUUGGCAAAACUUGGCCGAACAGGUGCUUAACAACACAAGUUCCCUUCUUUGUUUUCUCCCCCUCCAAAUGGAAGUUAAACUAAUGAUCGCAGGCCUUCAUCCCAAUCUGGAGGCAUAAUCUGUCUUUCAUAUUGAGAAGAAUGUGUUUUAUGAUCAGCUGCAGGGGCUUCUGGGGGGAAGGGGCAGAAUCAACAAUGUCAAAAUGGUCACCAUGAUCAGAUGACUGGAAUUCCAACCCUUUUUAAAUGUGCCAUUGCAUGUUAAAAAGGAAGGAUGCUUUGGUUAUCCAGCCAUAUCCAUGAUUUUGGUCUUCUUGACCUCAUCCCUCGUAGACCACCCCUGAUCCAAACCUUCCCUAGCCUUGCAUCCUCCAGUUAAUAUGGACUGGGUUUCCAGAACUCUUCAUAAUGGCCAUACUGGCUGAAGCAUUCUGAAAACUAAGAUCCCAGGUUGAGGAAGGCCACUGUGUGAGCAAUCCUGAAGAAUUUAUCGGGAUAUUUGAGAUGCAAGAGUGGAAUAUAUAGAAAUGUUAUAAUGGAUAAAACACACUUGAUGAAAGGAGGAAAUUAUCCUAACAGAACUCUCGGUUCAUACAAAUUGCUGGCUAAAUUUGUCCAGCUUGAGAACUGACAGUUCCCAACAAUUCACUCAGCACUUUUUUGAUACUUGUUUAUGGAAAACCCAGCAAUUGUAGACCUUUGUCUUCCAUUGCUAAUAAUCUCUUUUAGAAAUCCUUCACAGAAAUCUAAACUUGAAAUUCUGCCCUUGAUUUACAGACCACUUAGCUAAAUUGUACAUCACAACAUCCCUCUGUUUUGUGAUGUAAAGACAUUAACAAGCUUCAUUUCCUGUGCCUUAUGAAUAAUGCAGAAUUAUUCUACCCAUACCAAUCGGUCAGAAAGGAUGUUCACAACAGAGUCCUCCAGUUACAUAUACAGGUAGUCCUUGACUUACAACAGUUCAUUUAGUGACCAUUCAAAGUUACAACGGCACUGAAAAAAGUGACUCAGGACCGUUUUUCACACUUAUGACUGUUGCAGCAUCCCCAUGCUCACAUGAUCAAAAUUCAGAUGCCUGAUAACUGACUCAUAUUUAUGACCGUUGCAGUGUCCCAUGGUCAUGGGAUCAGCUUUUGCCAACUUUCUAACAAGCGAAGUCGAUGGGGAAGCCAGAUUCACUUAACAACCAUGUUACUAAUUUAGCAACUGCAAUGAUUCAUUUAACAACUGUGGCAAGAAAAGUCAUAAAAAUGGGGCAAACUCUCUUAACAAAUGUUUCCCUUAGCAACAUCAAUUUUGGGCUCCGUUGUGGUCUUAAUUCGAGGACUAGCUGUAAAUCGAAAGCAAUUCCAUAUUUUUUAUAUACAGGUAGUCCUCAAUUAACAAUCAUUUGUGUAGCAACCAUUUGAAUUUAUUGGCCCUGAAAAGGGGGAUUUACAAAUGGUCCUCACACUUAUAACCGUUGCAGUAUCCCAAUGAUCAUGCUUGGCAACUGGCAUGUACUGUUUUUACAACUGUUGCAGCAUUCUGAGCCCACCAUCUGUGAUCACCUUCCCAGCUGGCUUCCAACAAGCAAAGUUGAUGGGUGAAGCCGAAUUCACUUAAUCGUGUGAUUCACUUAAUAACUGGAGUAAUUUGCUUAACAACCGUGACAGAAAAGGUUGUAAAAUCGAGUGGGGCUCACUUAACAAUCAUCUUGCUUAGCAACAGAACUUCGGUUGUUCUCGAUGGUGGACGUUAAGUCAAGGAGUACCUGUAUGGGAAAGAAGUCAAGCUCAACUUUUAAUUCUAUUGCUAAAUUCUAAGCAAAUGAUUAUGAAAAAGGAUGGAGGAUUUCUAAAAGCUAAUUAAUUUAGAAUGUAACCGAAAAAGGAGAUUAAUGUUAGACAGAGAGAAAUGUUACCCUUUCUGUUUCCCAACAUACCCUGUUUUCCCCAAAAUAAGACAUCUCCUGAUAAUAAGCCCAAUUGGGCUUUUGGGCGCAUGGCAAUAAGGCCAAGCACUUAUUUCAGGGGUCAAAAAAAUAUAAGACAGGGUCUUAUUUUCGGGAAAACACGGUAGCAGGCUGUGUUUUUAAUCACCUGUCUAGCAAAAUGCCAUUUUUAAAAAUGUGGAUCUUUUUUAUUGGUUUAAAGAAGGACUAAGGUCACUUACUUAAUGAACUACAUUUUUAUUUGCGGUCAUCGUGAGUGAAGAGGAAGACUACUUGAUGCAAUGCAUCCUGUUUAAAGUCAAAUCUAGAGAAAAUAUUUAUUGAGAUUUUAAGUUAUUAUUAUUAUUAUUUAUUACGGUUCAGACACGAGUUUCAGUUUCAUUAUUUAUUAAAGCUUCUUUCUUCUAAAGAGGUGCCAAAGUUACAAUGGGAUAGUGAUGCUGGGAUCAAGAUAUAUAGAUUUUCUUUUUUUUAAAAAAAAGUAUUAAGAAUUAAUAUCGGGAAUGCAAACUGUUGUUGUUGUUGUUUUUAAAAAAUCACUUACUUUACCAUUUGAACAAAAAUCAUGGAAGCCCAGUUGGAUAGUACUUCAUCAUACUCAAUGCAAUAUGUUUUAUCAUUGAUCUUCUUUAACUAGUUGAAACUUUGAAGAUUCCCUAACUUCUGACAAUGCUGUUGGGAAGGGUUGAAGUCACAUGAGAUGUCAUACUUUGUUACCUUUGAUGUGGGGGAGAGGCAAAGUAUCAUAAAGACCAGAAAAUAUCAAGAAUAUUCUAAUAGCUGAAUAUCCUGUCAGACAUUAAUGGGUUUAAUUUUGAGAUGUCCCUUCCUUGGCCUCAUUCAGCGUAGGGAAGUGAUUGGAGGCCACCAAAGAUGAGCUAUUUCAAAUAAUAACUGGGUAAUGACUUUCAAACAACUGAGCUAUAUUCAUUUUGAAGACCAUUAUCUCCCAUAAGAAGCCACUGAGUCAACUGAUGCAAACUGUUGCAUGCAGUAGAUCAGAGUUUCCCAACCUUGGCAACUUUAAGAAAAGUGGAC